UGAAGUGCUUUACACGCGGUUUCUUCCGAACUCGGAAUAAAUAUCAGAAAUCAGAUAAAAUCAGGAAAAUGUUAUGAAGUGAAUUAGUUGCGAUUUACAUUUACGAUGAUAUGGAUGAACAUUCGGGCAUAAAGCGUUUGUGCUGCAGCCAGGCUACAAUGUGAACAUGUCAUGACUUUAUUUUCCCUUUUCUAGCUUUCUGAGUGUUUGUAGUUUCUCCUGGUGCUCAGAUGAACAGAGGACAGGAGGACAUCACUAUAGAGCUUAAAGCUGUCAGUGUGGAGCCCAGACACACCUGUAAUCAGUGUAAACACCACUGUGGGAUCCUCAGGCUCUGCAGUUGGCACCAAGGAGGCUCUUAUUGGCACUGUGGGGUUUAAAGGUACCACCAUGGACUCCUCUGAUGUAGAUGCCAUGUUGCAGAGUAAACAUGUCACUUUGGGGGAGAAAAGUGCCACUAUAGAGUCUUCUGUUGAUGUGCUGCAGUCUACAGAUGACACUUUGGGAUCUAAUAUGAUUUUACAGCCGAACACUGACACUUUGGGGUCUCAUGAUGAUUCUUUGGGGUCUAAUGAUGAUGCUUUGGGGUCUAAUGAUGAUGCUUUAGGGUCUAGCACGACCUUACAGUCUAACAGCUUCACUUUGGGGUCUAACGAUGACACUUUGGGGUCUAACGAUGACACUUUGGGGUCUAACGAUGACACUUUGGGGUCUAAUGAUGACACUUUGGGGUCCAACAGUGUGGCUGUGGAGUCUAACGAUGCCACUUUGGGGUCUAACGAUGCCACCAUGGUGUCUGUUUCUGCCACUUUGGAGUCUGAGGGUGCUACUGUGAUAUCCACUGGUGCCUGUGAAACAGCUGAAGGCAGCAACAUUCAAGUGUCUGUGAUCAUCCCGGUAUAUAACGGUGCUAAAUGGCUGGAUGAAUGUCUUCAGGCCAUCUCAGAUCAGGACUUUCAUGGCACUCUGGAGAUCUCAGUGUUUGAUGACAACAGUACGGAUAACUCUAGAGAGAUUGCUGAAAGCUGGAGAGCGAAGAUGAGGAUGAGAGGCGUUACCAUGGUGAUAUCUGGCCAUAACACAGGCAGACCAAGAGGAGUUGGAUUUGCCAAAAACAAAGCUGUUGCUCAAAGCUCUGGACAAUAUCUUUGCUUUCAGGAUGCGGAUGACGUCAUGAUGCCCCAGAGAGUGAGACUGCAGUAUGAAGCUGCUGUCCUGAACCCCAAUACUAUUGUUGGUUGUCAGGUGAGGCGAAUUCCAGAAGGUUCCACUGAGCGCUACACCAGGUGGAUCAACACACUCAAUCCAGAGCAACUGCUCACGCAGGUCUACACCUCUCACGGACCCACGGCCGUCAUGCCGACGUGGUUCUGCUCGCGCCUUUGGUUCCAGAAAGUCGGCCCUUUUGAUGAAGGAGGGAAGGGGGUUCCAGAGGAUUUGCUGUGGUUCUACCAGUGCCUUCGGCAGGGAGGGGGAUUGAUCAGAGUGGAUGAGUGUCUGCUGAUUUAUCGCUACCAUGAGCAGGCAGCAACACACUCUGUACUGGAGGAAACCAUCUGGAACCUCCGAGUGGACUUCUUACAGGAGAGAGUGAUCGGACAGUGGGAUUCCUUCACCAUAUGGAACGCUGGGAAACAGGGAAGGAAACUUUACCGCAGUUUGACGUCGACCAAUCAGAAGAAGGUGAAAGCAUUCUGUGAUGUAGACGAGAACAAAAUUAAAAAGGGCUUCUACACAUAUGAGGAAUCAAAGGAACGACCCAAACCUCAAAUCCCUGUGCUGCACUACAGAGAUUCAUCCCCUCCAUUUAUUGUGUGUGUAAAACUGGAUAUGACCGGUGGUGUUUUGGAGGAGAUGCUGCUCUCUCUCUCUUUAACAGAGGGACUGGAUUAUUAUCACUUCAACUGACUGAUGGACAGAAAGAAGCUGUGAGUGACAGAUGAAGACAACAUGGCAGACAGAUGAAAAAGAGAUGCAGAGAAGAUGUGUGUGUGUGUGUGUGUGUAUGUGUGUGUGUGUGCGCAUGUGUGUUUGCUCAGUGUUACUGUAUGUAGCUGAUAAGUGCAGUGAUUAGAGAGCGGCUUUGAUUGGUCAGUGUACUUUUACUGUUUACUUUUCUCUAAACCUCAAAACAUUCAUUCAUCCUGCUAUCUGUGUGUGUGUGUGUGUGUGUGUGUGUGUGUGUGUGUGUGUGUGUGUGUGUGUGUGUGUGUGUGUUGAAACUCAGGCCUUUGUGGACAGGAGACAGACAGAGGAAUGUGUGUGUUGUGUUAAGACAUUAUCUGAGGUCAGCAGCCACGUUCCUCCCUCUGUGUGUGUGUGUGUGUGUAUGUGUGUGAGCGAGAGAUGCAGCAGCCUUUUUGUGGAUCAAAUGUCCCCAUUAAAACAAAUACAAAAUUAUAUGAAUUACAUGAUGAUUUCUUUAUGAUCUUUUUUUUUUCGUGUGUGUGUGUGUGUGUGUGUGUGUGUGUG